CCAGACACGAGCAGAUUAGCACUUAAACAUAGCAGACGCUCUCUAAGAAUUUCCCCACCCACCACUCCCCUUAUUACAGUAAUCUGCUGUCAGUUUUUGUUUUUUCCAGACAUAGAACAAGCACCAACCAAAUGACUGGACGAUAGUCAAACCACGAAGAAAGAAGGAGCCAAUCCAAGCUGCAGUAUUCUUGGACUGUUAAACUAAAAUCAGAGACAGUGCUGGUUUUAUGAAUUUUAUUAAGAUGUAUAUAGUACUGCCAUUUUAGCAUAAAUACAUCAAAACGCUUGUCACAUUGUAUUAAAGGGGGGCGGGUCUGUAGAGAUAAAUGGGAGGGUUGUGAGCAUAUCUGGCUGGUUGUUUCCCUGCCCAGCCAUCAUGCAUGAUGGUGGGCGCAAUGUUGGGUAGACAGGUUGUCUACAAAUGUAUGCCAUGUAGAACAAUGUUAUAAAGUAAAAAGUUUUCGAUUGGGGUCAUAGCAAAGCCUGCAGGCUUGGGGCCCUCUCCACCUCUCGUAACAGGAGGGGAGACUUAGUACUGGAGUACUUGGGUAGAGAAGUACUACUGACCAGAAGCAAUCACCGGGAAACAGGGUAUACAGAUGUGCUCUCAACUAUCCCGGACCCAUUAAUGUCUAGUACCUAAAUUUGGGAUCCUUGGUACCUGCGCCCAACGCAGGGCCACUGGUUUUGCCCGGUGCUUAUUAGUCGGUAUACCAGUUAUCCCUUCUGGACCCAGUUUUUCAUUGUAUAUCCACACAAUGCGGCCGUUUUAAUGCCAAUUUCCUUAAAUGUCCAUCACAGUUUGGAACAUACAUUGUACCCUUUCGAUUAGUCUUUAAUAAACAUAAUAAACUAUAAUAUUCUUGUUGUCUAGUUGGCAUCAGGAAUGGUAACGGGUAUGUGAUUAUUACCAAAUGCAAGGAAUCUUAUGUGUGUAAGCAUUUACUACCUGACUGUUCAAUUAAUUAGAUUUACCUCCCUCUUUUUUGUAUUAUUUGCUAACUUUAAUUGAAUAAUAGGUCAAAUCUUUAAAUGGAGAUUUUACAGACUAGUGGGGAGUGAGAGGUCCUAUCCCUGAUUAGGCCACCUAUGAUACGAUAUUGAUGCAAAUGAUAGAAAAUUGCAGUAUCAUAAUUCGAGUUGCAUAUAAUGCAUGGCUUUUGGUACUAGACAAUAUAUUGGCAAGUUCUGCAUGCAUUUAUAUGCAGCUGCUUGUACAGGUAGAGGAACAUAUUAUUUUCCUUGUAUACUUUAUAUGCCACAUUCAUGCACCUCUACAAUGUCUGUAAAGAUAAACUAUUUAUCAUUUUAUGAUCUGAAAUACAUUUUUCAAUGUCUUCAUUUACUUGCCAUAUAGUAGGUCACCUUUAUCAUUACAUGAUAAUUCAGGUCACCUUUAUCAUUACCAUUACAUAAUAAUUCAAUCAUAGCAGCUGCAGGUCACCUUUAUCAUUACCAUUAUAUGAUAUUUCAAUCAUAGCAGGUCACCUUUAUCAUUACCAUUACAUAUGAUAAUUCAAUCAUAGCAGGUCACCUUUAUCAUUACCAUUAUAUGAUAAUUCAAUCAUAGCAGGUCACCUUUAUCAUUACCAUUAUAUGAUAAUUCAAUCAUAGCAGGUCACCUUUAUCAUUACCAUUACAUGAUAAUUCAAUCAUAGCAGGUCACCUUUAUCAUUACCAUUAUAUGAUAAUUCAAUCAUUUUUCAAUUAAAUUCUGGUAGAAUAAUCAUUAAUGUAACUGAGAAGUUUAAGAAUUGGACAGGUUAAUGUUCAUUUCCACAUUCAGUUAAUCAAGGAAAAAAAUUCUCCAAAAAAUAAAAUCACCUACUGUUAAAACACAUGUAAUUUUAUGAUUUUUUUCCCCUUUGAAAUAUUUAGUUUUGUCUUCAGUAUAAACUGGAGUUACACAAUACAUGUACCUAGUAUUAUAUUGUUCAAAAUCAUCCGAUUCAACAACUUUGAGUGAAAUAGCAUUUUGUGUCUGGGCUCCAUCUACAUAAAUGUAUGCAUCCAUUAUCCAAUGGUAACGUUUGCAUCCGAUUCCAGACUGUAUGCUGUAAAUAGAAUGUUUACACAAUAUCAAUAUAUAUGCAAAUGACAGAUGUACACGAGGAUAUUCAAACUAUAGAUCUAGAUCAACCAACUUUACAUGCACUAAAGAAUAACUAUUUCAAAUAGCUUUAUAAAACUAUGUAGCUUAAUAAAGAUAUAUAGCUAAUUCAAGAGCUUGUGCUGGACCUGGUCACUGCUUGGUAGCAGUACAGCUGCAGUAGUUGGUCAACAUACUUCCAGUGUCUGAGUUUUUGCAGUAUUAUUUGCCACCCCAGAACCAAAGGAAAUGACUUUGAAAGCUUACAGUAAUGUAUGUUUAUUAAGUUUCUUGUUGGCAUCACAGUCUCUCACAAUCGUCUGCCUCUUUCAUUUUUCCCCCGUACCUAGUUGUGGAUAUCGAUCCCGAUUUAAAAAUAAAUGCAAAUAGAAGUUCUAGUUGUAUGAUAUAUUCAUUACAUAGAUUUAAAUAUUCGACAAAAAUAUCUAAUGAAUAGUGAAUAGGAUAAUCCUUUGAAUUCCAAUAAUCGCACGAAAAAGAUUCUAAUCAUGUGAGUAACAUCGAGAUCGGCAUUCUGGUGAAGCAAACAUGGCAGCAACUAUGUCGGAGAAAACGAUGAGCGAUGAAGUUUGGCUCAUAUCUCGUGCUAGAGCAUGUAUGAAACCUAAUAAAGGUGAUCCAUUUGCAGCAAAAGCCUGGAUGAUAACAGCAAGGUCGUUGUUUCCGAACAACUUCUCCAUACAGUUUGAAGCUUAUUCUUUGGAAAAAACUGGGAAGAAUGUGAAGGAGGCAGCAAAGUUAUUAGAAGAAAUGUUUGUUUCAUUUCCAAGUGAACCACAGCUUUGGGAGGAAAUACAAGAGAUACUGGAGAUUCUUCAGACUGAAAUGUCAGCAAAUAGCCAUAAGAACUUUUUAACAGAAAUAUUUGCUGCUGUCUCCACACCAACACAGUGCCAGAUGUUAUUAAGUGUGGCCCAGAAGAUCAGCAACACACUUGAACAGUGCAGACUCCUCCUCUUAGCCAUGAGGAAGUUCCCUAACCUUGUGUUUGAGCAUGGUCUUAAAUUACUUGAAACCCUGCAGCAAGCAGAGUUAGAGGCCAAAGUCAAGUACCCUGUGAACUGUUACAGAAAACUGUUUGUGUGUGAUGUCCUCCCCCUAGUUCUUCAGAAAGUGAAGAAACUCGAUCUGCCAACAGCUCAGGUCUACCGCUGGCUACAAAUGUCUGUAGAGUUCUACAUCAUGUAUGUCACUCAGUCACCGAGUUUCAAUGGAAGCACCAGCACUUCUUCAGAGUUACUGUCUCCUACAAAGUUGAGUAAUAGAGUCAGUAUACCUGGUCUGUUUGACAAGGAAUGUCAAGUUAGUGAUCCCUGGGGAAGCCUACUCAAGCUCAUCGUUCUGCUGGGCCAGCUCAUGGAUUGGGAUGUUCCUCAAGAUCUGUUCAGUGAACCAAGAGAAAUCCAGUACAAGAACAUCUAUAGUCUGUACAACAGAGCUCGUCAAUCUCGCUCAGCUGAGCAGACUCGCCAAGUAUUGUACACUACAGUAGUCUUGUUUUUGGAGUGUCUGUACAUGUAUGUCAGCAGUGUGGACCCCCAGUCCUUUCUCGGUCCCAGUGCCAGCCACACCCCAUUAGUUCUCAUGGAGAAGUUUGAAAAUGAAAGUUCAGACGAUGAACCUCAAGCCAAGAAAGCAAAAGUACAACCAGACAGUGUUCCCACAAUAGUAGGAGCUGAGUGUCUUAGUAGUGCCAGCAGAAUCAUCAACAGUUUCACCACAGCAUUCAAAUGCUACGAGCUAAUGCACUCCACCACAGAGCUACAGACAGAAUUUAUGAAGCUUUGUGAGAUAUGGCACAUGGAAACGUGGACCUGGAUGGGGCAUUUCCAGACAGACAUGCUUAUUUAUCAGGGUGCAUUUGCAGAUGCUAUUGCACAUCUCCAGAAUUUUUCAUCAACCAUAAAAGAAAACAUGCAGCUUAGAAGUAAUCUGCAGAUGGCUUGCUGCUUUUACUGUUUGCAGAAGUACUCAAAAGCUUGUGAGUUGGUGUUGAAUGUAAUAAAAGAUUUGCCCUACACACAUGACAGAAUACCAGCCUGUAAUUCACCAGACCCUUCAGGAAACAAAGGAAGGCAACUCUGGCUAACAAAAUGUACAGAAUCGGAAAUCCUACCAUACUGCAUACAGUUACUUCGAGCUGCUCUUAAGUCUAAAGCCUUCUCAUCAAAGGGUGAUGACACAUUGCUGGGUCACAUGGUGGUGUUACUUCAGUAUGAUUGGCCAAAAUCAGAGGCAUUGUUCUUUGAAGUUUUGAAGAAAAUCAAACAGCAAAACAGUCUUACUUACAACAUAUUCUUUAAUUAUGUUAUAAAUGUUGAUAUUUUGGAAGAAUUUGCUUUUUUGAAAACUCAAGAAGGGGGGAAGGUGAAUCUUGAUAUUCUGCCAACAAGCACUAAAGUUAUUGCUCAACAGAGAACAGUGACCAGGGGUGUCAACAAAGGAGUGAAGGAAGAUUUCAAACAGACAAUGGUCAAACAGGUCGGCCGCAGUGAAGAACCGGUGGAAAAGUUAAUUAGGACAUUUCUGACAAAUGAAAGAAUCAGUAUAUUAAAAUCUUUGGCAUGAG